AUGAAGUUGACAGAGAAUAUAUUACCAAAGCACUUGAAUUUGACAUAUGUGAUAAUAGGUAUUUCUUCUUCCAUUACUCAAUUUCCAGAUGCAGUUUAUGAUGGACUAUUAAGUGCAGAUAGUAAGUCUUUAGAUUUAUAA